CCUCAAUCUCUACGAUCUCGAUAAUUCUAAAUAAUUUUUCACCUGUCGAACGCGUUUGCAUUCGCAUAACUCAGAGAACACUGUAGUUCGGUUAUUUGUCACCUUUUCGAGCGUGGUCGCAUAGCAACAAAGAUUUUGUCGCGUCCGCAAAUCAUGUAGACACGGAAAAUGCGCCAAAAUUAAGAAAGGAGUAUUGCGAUAUCUGAAGACUAAAUAAUCGAAAUGGAGAGGAAAUUUGAAAGGCAAGCAAAUGUUUUGCGCGGAAUGGAGUCUCCAUUUACUUAUUCAAUUGUUUUCACUGUCAUGAAAGUUAUGUUCGUAUCAUAUUUUUUUUUCCAAUUAUAUUUGAUAGAACAAUUAUUGAAUUCGAUUUCUCUUGAUAUCUAGAAUAAUCAAGGUCAUCUCGGUAAGGGAUAACACUUGCUGAUAACACGAAAAAUCGUACCCAAUAAUUGUUUGCUAUAUACCCGAUGUCCUUUUUUUUUUUUCAUUUCGUAGACAGUUUGGAAGCUCUUGGUAUGGAAAGCGGUGCCAUUGCUGACUCGCAAUUAACUGCUUCUUCUGAACUUGACAGCAAUCACGCUAUCAAGCGAGCGAGGUUGCAUACUAAGGAGACUGAUGUUUAUUCGCGUGGUAGCUGGGUAUCAGCAACCAAUGAUUUGAACCAAUGGUAUCAAGUUGAUCUUGGUAAAAUCACGCCUGUGAUACAUGUGUCUACACAGGGAAGGAAUUUCCACUCUCCUGCACAGAUGGUAACGAAGUACAAGUUGCAGUUUAGUGACCAUGGAGCAUCAUUCUUGUUUUACAAGAGGCAAGGAGAAUCUUCAGAGGCGGUUUUCGAUGGCAAUUUUGACCACGACACCAUUGUGUAUCAUCAGCUAAACCCACCAAUCAGGGCACGUUAUUUACGAAUACUGCCAACGGCAUGGCAAUAUUAUAUCGCGAUGAGGAUGGAGUUCUACACUUAUCGAGCAGAUACUUAGCAUCUUGCAAUGAGAGACACCGAGAAUGAGAAGCAUGGUUCUUACCACGACUACAGACAUCACCUGAGUACACGGGGGCAUCAUUUCCACAAAUUCAUCCAUUUUCCGCCGCACAGAAGUCGAUAACUGAUGAAGUAAUAUGUCACCAGUUUCGCACAGACACUUACAAGUGAUAUCUUCUAUCACAGGAUACCAUACCGGAAAAAACAAAGGACUUGUUCAUCUUCUGAGCG